AUGUCUUCGGAUGCUUCAGAUGAGGGCAAUGUCUGGCUCAUUACAGGAACGUCUUCUGGCUUCGGAAAACGGCUUGUAAGCGCCGUCGUCGCGAGAGGGGAUCGAGUCAUUGCCGCCGCGCGGUCUCAGGAAAAGCUGGACGACAUGAUUGCCGCCUUGACGCCCGAAGCUAGAACACGCGUACGGACAGUGGUUUUCGACGUGACGGACGGCGAAGAAAAGAUUAAACCCAAGAUAGCCACGGCAGCAGCGUACUGGGGACGCAUCGAUAUCCUUGUCAACAACGCCGGGAACGUUCUUCCUGGCCUUAUGGAAGAGGGAGGGAGCAAAUUGUUGCGCCGCCAGUUUGAGACCAAUGUUUUCGGUGUCCUGGACGUGACCACUGCCACCUUGCCUUACCUCAGGACGAGCACGUCCGGUUGCGUUGUGGUUUUUGGCAGCAGGUCAGCCUGGAGAGCGGAGCUACCUGGUCUCGGGCACUAUGCCACUUCCAAGGCGGCUAUUCACGCCAUGACUGAAUGCUUCAGGGGAGAACUCGCUUCAUUCAACAUCAAAGUCCUCUCGGUGCAGCCGGGAGCCUUCCAUACCGAAGGUAUCUACAGUCAGCCCUACCUCACAGGCAACCCGAUCCCAGAAUACGACGAGCUCCGUGCCAAAAGCAUCGCACGCUUCUCCACCUUCGCACAAGUGGCGCGGGGCGACGUGAACAAAGCGGUCAAUGCCAUCGUCGACGUCGUACGCGGAGAGGGUGUUGCGAAGGGGCGUCCCUGGCCGAACUACUUGAUUCUGGGCGACGACGCUGAGGCAGAUGUAAGGAAUAAGUGCAGCCAGGUGUUGACGGAGCUGGAUACAUGGAUAGACGUUACGAGAGGUGUUAAUGUCGAUGCUAACGGCGCUUCGUCCUGGCGGCGUUUCAAAAAGCUCUCUCAACCAAGUCCAAGCCAAACGGUGCUGAAGAUGUUGAGCGCAAAUAGUUCAGUCCCGGUUGAGGGAUCGGCCGUAAAAUGCCUCCCAGACGAGUUCUACAACGACUUCCUUUCUGAUGUCGCAAAAAAUCGCAAACCGAGUCCAAUUCGCAGCCUCUUUCCGCUCGAGAAGACGCCCGGUGUCAUAUCCCUCCUAGUGGGGAAGCCCAACGCCUCGAUGUUCCCGUUCACCUCGCUGAGCUUCACCACCGUCUCUCCCAAGUCUCCCGAUCAGGAGACGACGCUCACCAUCGACGGCGCCGAGCUGCAAGUAGGCUUGCAGUACACGGAGACAGACGGCCUCAAGUCCCUCACAAAUUGGCUUGAUAGCUUGCAAAAGGCCUAUCACGGUCGCAGCAAAGGCGAAGGAUGGCGGAUCACACCAGGGUGCGGGAGUCAGGACUUGAUUUACAAGUACGGUUGCAAUCCCACCGGUAUGACCGCGACGACGGACAGACGCAAGGAAGUGCUGGAGCUCGCCAGACAGCAUAACUUCAUGAUCCUCGAAGAUGAUCCUUAUUUCUACGUCUACUAUGGAGAAGCGCCUCGCUACCCGUCCUACUUCCAGCUCGAACUGGACGAACCAGAGGUUGGGCGCGUUCUGCGGUUCGACAGCUUCUCGAAGAUCCUCUCGGCUGGCAUACGUAUCGGUUUCGCCAGUGGGCCCACGGUGCUCCUGAACGCCAUCGACCAGCUGACGUCAACCUCGAACCUCCAAGUGCCCACCCUUACCCAAUUGAUCAUCUUCCGGCUCCUGGACUCGUGGGGCUACGAUGGAUUCGCCGCACAUGUCCAGCGCGUUGCGGAGUUUUACAAAGCAAAGCGCGACGUCUUCGAGCGCGCAAUGCGCAAGCACCUCACGGGCCUUGUGGAGUGGACCUCGCCGGAGGCAGGGAUGUUCUUCUGGUUUAAGCUUCUCCUGACCGACGAACGAGCCGACGCGUCGUCUGUCUCUGGCCACCAUGACGACUCGGAGGCGGUCAUACGCACCCGCGCGUUCGCGAAUGGCGUCCUCGCGAUGCCAGGGACGGCAUUCAUCCCGAACGGAGGCAAGACACCGUAUGUGCGAGCCUCGUUCAGUCUGAUCGGCGAGGAUGAAGUAGAUAUUGCUAUGCAAAGGCUCCGCGAGACGAUCUUGCAGGAGAGGGCGGCACGCAAGGCCAUGGCGGCUUAA